UGCUCAGGGUUCAGGUGGGGUACACUAGACUACUCUCCCCAUUCGAUUCUUGCAAUUGGCAGACGGGUCACCCGGGCAGCAGGAUGAGGAGGGCACCAACAGAAUCAACAGCAGGAAGGCGGCUCUCGCCAGUCCCCAGAGAGGGAGGCAGCGGUAAGCAAACAUCUUCAGAGAAGUCAAGCAGCUUGCCGAGGCCACACAGCUACUCAGCAAAGAGAGCUGAUGCUAAGUCCUUCAGAGGAAUGCCUGCAGCAUUUAAAAAAAAAAAAAAAAAAUCGAAAGCAUGCUGGGGAAGCAGGGAGCAGCUAUUUCUGUUCAAGGCAAUCACUGAGGCUGGGCCUGCCCAGAAUUCGUGAGGAAGCACCACAGAGAAGGCUGGUGGCUUGAGAGACACUGGAUCUUGCUGGCUCAGCUGGGCACAGAGCAAGGUGCUGUACAUAAAUGGCUUCACUGACUCCUGGAAGGAUGCCCAGGUCGGGACACUCACUGUGAGUUGCAAAAAAGGAAAGGGAAACCCUGAGAAGGAAGGCAGGAACAAGGGCUCAUGGCCAGAGGUGUGGAGCUUCAUGGAUAUCUUCUCGAGUGGGAUGCCCAGGCUUCCCUACCAGAUCCCAGAAGCUCCAGCUGAGUGGUUCUGCAGGAGGCUAGGUGUCCCUGGGGGCAUCCCCACCCCUCACUGCGACCCUCUCCAGAGCCCUCCACCCUCCUCCCUGCUCCUUCCUCUCCUGCCCUUUGCCUGCCCUACCUGUCGCCUCAGUGUGCUCCGACUUCGUCCUGCAGGCCAGUUCAGGCCGGUGUACAUUGUCUCAGAAGGGAGAUACUUCUUUCUGAUACUGGAGAGUCACCAGAAAACAGGACGGGCCGCUCAUCUCGCCCACAGGCUACGUUCUCCAGAUGCCACCAGGUUUGCCAGACGCCAGCUCUUGUCAGAGUUAUUCCAUUUGCCUGUUCGGAAAAGGCAGCCUUCGCCCCUGCGUUCCUGCCUCCUGGGCUGGAGGCCCGCCUGA